GUAUUUCAUUUAUUGUCCAGUUCGAAUCGUUGAUUUUUUCCUUUUAAGAUAUUUUUGAAGCGCUCAAAAACGUUGCUACUCAAUUCAAUGGAUAGCGUUAUUCGACCUUCGUGCAACUGAUCUCUUCUCCGAUAAUUUAUUGGUAAAGUCUCUGUAAAAAUAUAAAUCUGGUGAGAACCAUAUAUAGACAAUGAACAUGAUUAAUGUCUACAUUUCAGCUGUAUCCAGUUACAAGGAAAGGAAUCAGAAUGAUCUCGUGAUGAGCCCAUCCUUUGCAUUUCAAUGUGUUUACAUUACAAUACGAUUAAAGACAAAAUUGAAGAAAUAUUUCAAUAUAAAACUGUGACUCUACGUUGUGGAACGAAAUAAUAAGUGUGGAAAACAAGUAAUAGUCGUUUUGAUCAUAUUUGCUGUAUCCAGUUACAAGUGCGAAAGUAAAUCAGAAUGAUCUCGUGAUGAGCCCAUCCCUUGCAUUUGAAUGAUGUGUACAUUACAAUAGGAUUAAAGACAAAAUUGAAGAAAUAUUUCAAUAUAAAACUGUGACUCUACGUUGUGGAACGAAAUAAUAAGUGUGGAAAUGAAGAAAUAGUCGUUUUGAUCAUAUUUGGUACGUAACAUGUAAAGAACUAAAGCAAGCAUAAUUUUGUCCACACGAUCGUCGUAUAUGAAGUCUUAUUUCUAAAACAAAGAAUAAGAAAUGGUUUCGCCACCUAAUAAAAUAAGAUUGAGGAAAAUGGAUCUCGUUGUGCUCAUUUUGUACAUUGCAAAUUGAUGCUUUUGCACAAACUCGUUCUUCAUUUCUAGCAUGAAAAAUGGCUUCACCGCCUCAAAAACUGAAGUUUGAGGAAAACGGAUCUCGUUUAAGUAAACUUUUGGUCAAUAAAGGAACACAAGCCUUAAAAAUAACAUUGCGAAGCAUUAUAAACCUUCAAUCAUCAAACUUAGAAGAUGAACUUAAUGAUCCUUCUACAAAGAGUAAAUUGACACCACUAAAAUUCAAAGUCAUCAGCAAGGAGCAAUGGAACCUUCUUUACCCAUCAACUGGCUCACCUGACAUUGAACACUUUGAUAUUUCAUUAUUGACUGUCUUAUUGCGUAACAUAUGUUGUCUAACAGCGCCACAUGGUGGAUGGAAUAAUCUUCCUUCCUCUUCAGAUACUUCAAUCUCAGCAAACAUUGCAAGAAUAAAGUUUUAUCGAAACAAAGUGUAUGGUCACAUAAGCACAACUAGUGUAGAUGACAGUGAGUUUGAGUGCUCGUGGCAGGAAAUUUCAAAAGCAUUGGUUGGUCUGGGUAUUCAACAAACAGAAAUAGAUGAAUUAAAGAAGGCUCCCCUCACUACCGAUGAGGCAAUUUAUAUUGAAAUGUUAAAAGAAUGGUAUAAAAAAGAAGAACAGUUAAUCGAUGUCAGUGAAAAAAUCAAAGAAUAUGUGAAAGUAAUGAAUAGAAAUGUUGUAGAGAUGAAACAAUUGUUACAGGGCAAAACAUAUUCAGUUAUCGAAAAGCUUGGAAAGUGUAAUUUCAACGGUCUUAUAAAAGAUCUUAACAAGAAAUACCUUGAAGGCACUAGACAAUGGUUAUUUGAAGAACUCGGCAUUUGGUUUAACGAUAGAAGUGAAGAUGCUUCUAAUGUCAUGAUUUUGAUUGCCGGUCCUGGUGUUGGUAAAAGUGUGUUUGCUGCUGAGGUGUGUCGACGAUAUUCUGAAAAGAAGAAACUUGCUGCUUGUCAUUUCUGCAGGUAUAAUCGAUCAGAUGAGAGGAAUCCUCGGAUGUUAUUAGAAUCAGUGGCCAGUAGCAUCUGUGAUACAAUAUCAGAUUUUAAAUGUAAACUGAAUGAAGAAUUACAGAGAAACCAUUCCUACGAAUUAGUCACCGAUGCAUUCCGUGUUUUAUUAAAUAAUCCAUUGCAUUCAUUGGAAGAUCAUGAACCAAUGCUUUUGGUUAUUGAUGCCUUAGAUGAAAGCCAAGUUGAUGGCAAAAGUGAAUUGUUGGAAUUGAUUGUAGAAGAGUUUGACCGGCUGCCUAAAUGGAUUAAAAUAUUCAUCACCAGUCGUCCAGAACUUCCUGUUCAAAAAGAGUUGAAAGAAAUGAAUCCUGUGGAAAUUACAACUCACCCUCGUGAUAAAAACAACGAAAAAGACCUGCACAAAUAUUUGAUACAUCAGUUGAAUAUUCGGGUGCCGAAACAUCUAUUCGUUCUAUCGUCAUUAGUUGAAAAAUGUGAGGGAUCAUUUCUUUACGCUUAUCACGCACAACUGAGCUUAAAGAAAGAAAAAAUUGAUCUUACAUACGAGAAUAUUAGACAAUUGAUCCCUAGUGGGUUAAGCGGUGUUUACACAAAGCAAUUCAAAAGAGUAAAAGAACUGUUAACGAAGAAAAGUCCCAGAAAUUCUAUUAUCUCAGAAACUACUUUUAUGCAAUUUCUUGAAUUGUUGGCUGCCUCUCGGGAGUUUCUACCAUUAAAUUUAGUGCUUAGCUACUUAGGUUUUUCUGCUGAUAUCAAGUUUGAAGUCCGCAGUAAAAUCUUUGAACUGUUAUCUCAAAUUUUGCCAGUUUAUGAUGAUUGCUUAACCGUGUAUCACAAGUCUCUAAUUGAUUGGUUGAAAUCAGAUGGUUACGAACAGCAUGAGUUUACAGUUGAUCCAAAAAAUGGUCAUAAGUUUUUAUGGCAUGCUUGUGAGAAAGUGUUUAAACAAAUUAAGUCGAUGAACAUUUUUAAAGAUCAGAUGAACACUACUAUGAUUAAAUAUGCUUUGAAGAAUGGAGUCCACCAUAUGAUAGAAUGUGGCGAAAAUGUUCACUUUAGUUGGGCAGUUGAAGUCAAAGUGGUUUGUGCAAGGUUAAUGUGUGUGGAAGACAUUGACAUGUAUACCAUUAGGUCUGAAUUGCGUAAAAUCAUUAAUAAGCGGCAUACUUUCUUGAAAAAAGAUGUACUUGAGGAACUACUGUUUCGUUUGUACAAGCUCCAGUUUUAUUCUAUUUACUGUGAUUCUUAUCUAUUUUAUUUGCAAGGUAUUGCAAACACAAUUCAUGGAAGUAACGAAAGAAGAUUAUUGGCUAGGGAUUUAUUGAAACAAGGAAAGUUUGUUUGGUUUGAGGAUUUAGACUCAACAUAUUUAACAAACCAUCAUCAUUUGACUGUCCCCUUGCGUGCUAACGUUACAUCUCUUUGUGUGUCGUCCAAUGAAGAACUUCUUGCUGUAGGAUUUGAAAAUGGUCAAAUAUCUAUUUUUCAGCUUCCAGAAUUCGAACAACGAUGCACUUUAGGCACUGCACUUGCUGAUUCAAGGUGGGAUAAGUGGGAUGAUGUAGUUAUUGUAAACACAUUUAUGUGCCUGUUUGACAACUAUUACUAUCCAGGAGAAAGGCGUUUUUGGUUUUCAAUUGUAAACAUCUGUUGUUGCUCCUUUUCACCUACCGGAAAUAGACUGGUAACUAGUGAUGGAUCUACUAAAGUAAAGUUCUGGGACGUUAACAAUGGACGUUUGUUAUCUUGUUUACAGUCAGAUCAUGUCGUUAAUCGUUGCUCUUUCUCAGAUUCUGGUUUGUUCAUUACAGCAGAAUAUGUAAAAACAUUCAUAGAAUAUGUAAAAGAUUACAAUGAACUUCCUAAAGAUAUGUUCACUGCAUGGAAUUCAUUAACUUUGGAAAGAAUCGAUCGACGCUGCGUUGUUGAUUACCAAAAACUACAAUGCACCGAUAAAUAUUCAGAGUUCUUUGUUGCAGAAUUCUUCAAGACUUGGUAUGUUUUUCAAUUCCCAAAGGCAAUCGAUAUUUUUCAAAGGGAAAAUAAGUAUUUACGAUCUUCAACUUCAAAGACAACCCACCAUUAUCGUCAUUGUAUUUUUUAUCAUACAAGACAGAAUGAAAAGCUUUUUGAAAUCACUCAGUUGACAAAAUACAACGAUCAAGGACAAAUCAUGUUUUAUUUACCAGGCGUUGAGUGUCUAUGUUUUGAUAGGGUUUUUAAAUAUGUCCAUCCCAUCUCGUUUAAGGAAUUUUACGUUGUGCCGUAUUUUGCCAAGCUUAAAAUUUUCAAAACUGAUCAUCUUUGGAGACCUUCACUUAUCUUUGAGGAAUUUUAUAUUGGAUGUUGUUGUUUUUCACCGGAUGGAUCUUUUUUGGCUGCUUUCGCUGUUGGUUACCACGUCAACAUUCAUAUUUGGAGCAUUGAACGUUGCACUAUUAUUCAAACUGUACCAAUACAACUGAAGAAUGCAUUAGGAUGUUGGUGGUCAGAUGGUUUACUGUGGAUAUGGGAUGGUUCUGAUCAUCUUAUGAAGAUAUCCACUUCUUCUGAAAAUUUUGUAGAUUCUAUUCAAGCAAAGUAUGUUAACAUUGGAUUUAAACCUUGGAGAAUCUUAACAUUUGGUGAUCUCUUAGUUUGUAAAAACCGUAAAGGUUUUGCUCAAGUUGUUAGAAUUACCAAGGGUGAGAUACAAUACAACAAAAGACUUCCUGUCGAUAGUUCAAAAGUUAAAGCAGCAGCUGUAUCACCUGAUAAUUCUGUUAUUUUAACUGUAAACAAAACAGAAUACACAUUAUGGAAAUGGGGAAAUAACAACAAUGAACUUUACUUGAAACCUUGGCAUACUGCAGAAUUACCCAUAGAAGCUGUCAUUGAAAAAUGUGUUCCAGAAAAGAUAACUCAUCUAAAGUUCAAAUGCUGUAUAAGUGAUUGUAAACAAGCAGUCAUAGCAUUUUGCGAAGGCACCAUAGUUAUGGUCACUUAUGUAUUUAAUGUUCACGAGAAUGGUGUUGUGAAUGAGAUUAUGCAUAAUGUCAUGGAAUGUUUUUUGUUCCAUUACCUAAUUGUACGCAAAUGUUAUUGCAUUGGAGUGCGUCGUCGGUCAAUCAUUGCUGUAGAUUUAAAGAGUGGUAAAGUUUGCGCUGAAUUUAAGAAACAUCAUUAUAUGUUUCAUAUAAUUAUGCAUUCCAAUACAGGAACUUUAGCUUUAGUUGGGAGAUUCGGAUACAGAAUUCAAUUUUUAAAACUUAAUGUUCCUGAAUAAAUAAAUCAACUCAAUCUUUAUUAGUAAAUUCAAAAAACUUUUGAGAAAAUUGCACAUAGAUGUUGCUUGUCGUAAGGAUGAUUGCUUGUUUCCACCUACUAUAGUUUUCUACAGAAGAAGUUUACUUAUUCUACCAGGAUAUCUUUAAGAAAUUAUAUAUAUUUACCAUAAAUAUAUUUGGACCAAUUUUGUAAAAAGAUCUUUUAAAUUUAUCGGUACUAUUUCUUGGAAUGUCUUACCUCCUGCUAUUAAAGAAUGUAAAAUAUUAUCUAUGUUUUGCAAUAAUCUGAAACGAUGUAUAAUUGCUUUUUAUAACACAAAUGACUUGUAUUUAAAAAGAGCGCUUCUAUACUAAUUCAUCAUGAAUAUUUGUUUAUUCCUUUCUAAGAUUCUACUUGUAAUCUUCAUAAAUGAAUGUCAUUUAAACAGGGCAUCCUCUAGAUUUGAUUACUACUGUAAGAUGCUCUGUCAAACUUAUUAUUAUGUAUUGUAUCUCUGAACAAAUUUCAUGUUGAUGAUUUACUUUUUAAUAAAAAUGUAUGGUUA